AUGUCGCUGGGCACAACUGCUCCGGCGCCGCCGCGCGGUCCUCCGCCGGCUCCAGCAGUGGCACCAAUCCGGACGCGGCUCCUCUCCUCCGUCGCGAAGGUAGCGCUCACGGCCGCGCUCGUCUGCGGCGCUGGCGGCCCCGCUGCCAUCGUCGCUCCGGCCGCCGCUCAGGCCGUCCCGUUCGUCCGUCCUCCUCCCCAACAGGGAAAGCCCUUCGCCUCCUCCACUCCUUACGCGCAGUCUCAGAAGCUGCAGCUUGGCCUUGACAAGCUCGGAAAGAUCAGGGCAUGCCCGUCCACCAACCCGGGGUGCGUGUCCACCAACCCGCUGGGAUCCUCCGGCUCCUUCGCCUCACCACUGCUCAUCCCGGAAUCAUCCGCCGGGGAGAAGGCCGUCGUCUCGUUGCGGCAAGCCAUCGAGAAGACGCAGAGUAACGUGGACUUCAAGGUCGAUGAAGACACUCAAUAUGGUCACUACAUCGAGGCGGAGAUGGACGGCGGUGUUGGCCGGGACGUGAUGGAGUUCCUGGUGAAGAAAGACGCCGGCGUGGUGGCGUACCGGUGCAUGGCCACCAAGGUCACCUUCGUCUACCCCUUCACCACCGCCGUCGGUGACUCCAAGGGCCAGAAGCAGAGGAUUGCGGCCAUCUCGCAGGAGCUCGGAUGGUACGCCCCGGACAUCCAGUCCUCCAUGGACUCCGCCGACGACGUCAACUACGUUCCGUGA